AUGGUGCAUCAGGCUCAGGGGCAGCUUGUGCAGGAGCUGGCCACCGGCGGCCUCCCCGCGCCGCCGAGCCGGUACGUGCUCAGGGAGGAGGACCGUCCAACCGGUGGCGGCGCGGCGCCGGAGCUGGAAUUCCCCCCCGUGGACGUGCGCCGCCUGGCCGAGCCCGGCGACACGGACGAGGCCGCCAAACUUCAGGCGGCGCUCCAGUCCUGGGGGCUCUUCGCGGUGACCGGCCAUGGCAUGCCGGAGGCGCUCCUGGACGACAUCCGGGAAGUGGCAAGAGAGUUCUUCCACCUGCCGUCCAAGGAGAAGCUCAAGUACGCCAACCAGACGGAGGGCGGCGAGUUCCAGAACGAGGGCUACGGCACCGACCGCGUGGACACCGACGAGCAGAUCCUCGACUGGUGCGACCGGCUGUACCUCCAGGUCCAGCCGGAGGACGCGCGGCAGCUGAGACUCUGGCCGGACCACCCGCCGUCGCUCGGCAACCUCCUGCACGAGUACACGCUGCGGAGCGAGCAGGUGGCCAAGCAGGACUUCUUCGUCGGCCGGCACGUCGGCGAGAAGGUGGCGACGUACGCACGGCUCACCUACUACCCGCCGUGCCCGCGCCCGGACCUCGUGCACGGGCUGAAGCCCCACACCGACAACUCCGUCAUCACGACGCUCCUCCUCGACCGCGACGUCGGCGGCCUCCAGGUUCUCAAGGACGGCCGGUGGGUCGACGUGCCCGUGCUUGGCUACGACCUGCUGGUGGUCGUCGGCGACGAGAUGGAGAUCAUGAGCAACGCGGUGUUCAGGGCGCCGACGCACCGCGUGGUGACCAGCCACAGGGAGAGGAUGUCGCUGGUGCUCUUCUACCAGCCGGAGCCGCACAGGGACCUGCAGCCCGCCGAGGAGCUGGUGGACGACGCCCGCCCGGCGCUGUACAAGAAGCUCAACGUCAAGACCUUCGCCGACGGGUUCUGGGACGCCUUCGCGCUCGGCGAGCCCACCAUCACUACCUCAAUGGCCAGGGUAGUAGACAAGGAGGCCGCUGCGUGA